CCAGUCUUGACUCCUGAGUCCGGUCCGCACAACACAAGACAGAUCCCCACGAAAUUUUCCUUGCCGGGUUCCGAACCCUAACAAAAUCCCCUUCGUCCAAUCGGCGGAGCUCACUGAGGCCAGCUCUCUGCCGUUAUCUUGGCACUAGAGUGUGUUACCGGCGAAUCAUGAAAAGGGCAAUUCCGUGGAGCGACGACGACGGCGACAAGGAUUCUUCGGAUUCAGAUGAUGGAUCGUCUACGUCGUCUUCGGCAUCGGAUGCUGAAGGUGAUGUAGGCACCACCAAGACGAAAACCAAGAAUGCUUCUAAGCACAAGAACUCGAAAGGCAAGUCUGCAAGGCGGAGGCGUGGAGCUGUGGAGUUUGAAGAACUGAGGCGACAUGGAUACAAAGGUGGCCCCUCACUUCUGAGAAUGCCACCCCCUAAAGACGACACAGAGCCCAACUGGACCUGGUCUACAGGUAAAGAACGCCUUGCUGCCACCAAGGUCGAGAAUGGAGAGUCGUAUGAUGAGCGGCAGAAAACAAGGGCAGCUCUAGUGGCUGGGGAGCAGCUGGUGCAUUCACAGACCCGGAAAGAGAAGGAGGAGAAGAAUCAGCUUUCAUUCUCGCAGAAGGAGAAGAGGAAACGAGAACUUGGCCAGGCUAGCAGGGGAAAGAAUUAUGUCGAGGAAGAGAAGAGGUUGUUGAGAGAAAGUGGCGUCUACUCUGGCUUUGAUACAUAAAAUGAUCAGCAAUUACUCUGAAUCUCUGAUGGAAAUAAUAAGAGUGCUCUGUUAUUCUAAGUGAUGUGAUGUAAGAUUUUGUGUUGGAAUACCCAUAUAAUCAGAUCUGUUGGCAUCAAAUGGUGUUUCCAAUGGCUGAAAACCCGGAUUUCUUAAUCAAGUACACCUUUCAUACUCUAGGGUUCUAACUCUACUGGUCAUUUGGAUUUUUAGGAUUGUUUUAGUGUGAUUGUUGUAAUGCUUACAUUUUUUUAUGGUCAAAUCAACAAAUUUUUAUUAA